AGAGCUUUAAAGCCAGCUCCGCCCGCUCCGGGCUCGACUGCCGCGCUGCGCAGGCGCGGCUUCUCUCCUUGUCAUUUCGCGCGGCGUGUGGGUUGGUGGCUCUGUGGUGGCGGUGGCGGUGGUAACGGUCUUCGGCACCAUGAGCAGCUUCACCAGCGAGGAGCGCGCCGCGCCUUUCACCCUCGAGUACCGCGUCUUCCUCAAAAAUGAAAAAGGACAGUAUAUAUCACCAUUUCAUGAUAUUCCGAUUUAUGCAGAUAAGGACGUGUUCCACAUGGUAGUUGAAGUUCCACGUUGGUCUAAUGCAAAAAUGGAGAUAGCUACAAAGGACCCUUUAAAUCCAAUUAAGCAAGAUGUAAAAAAGGGGAAACUCCGUUAUGUUGUGAAUUUGUUCCCUUAUAAAGGAUAUAUCUGGAACUACGGUGCCAUCCCUCAGACAUGGGAAGACCCAGGACACAGUGACAAACACACUGGCUGUUGUGGUGACAAUGACCCAAUUGAUGUUUGUGAAAUUGGAAGCAAGGUAUGUGCAAGAGGUGAAAUAAUCAGGGUGAAAGUUCUGGGCAUAUUGGCUAUGAUUGACGAAGGAGAAACUGACUGGAAAGUCAUUGCCAUUAAUGUGGACGAUCCUGAUGUGGCCAAUUACAAUGAUAUCAGUGACGUUGAACGGCUGAAACCUGGCUACCUAGAAGCUACUGUGGACUGGUUUAGAAGGUACAAGGUUCCUGAUGGAAAACCAGAAAAUGAGUUUGCUUUCAAUGCAGAAUUUAAAAAUAAGGACUUUGCAAUUGAUAUCAUUAAAAGCACUCAUGACUAUUGGAAAGCAUUAGUGACUAAGAAAACGGAUGGGAAAGGAAUCAGUUGCAUGAACACAACAGUGUCUGAGAGCCCUUUCAGGUGUGACCCUGAUGCUGCCAAAGCCAUCGUGGAUGCGCUACCACCACCAUGUGACUCUGCCUGCACAGUACCAACAGAUGUGGAUAAAUGGUUCCAUCACCAGAAAAACUGAUGAGACUUCUCUGGAAUACAAGCUGAUACCUGCUGCAUCCUGUUUAUCUGGAAGUAUUAGAGGCAAAAGUAGUAGCUUUCCAAAGCUCUAGAUUUAUAGAUCUCAUCUGACCAAUCCAGUAUAUUCAGAAUGUUAUCUGUCUAAAACCAUUUUUCCUAUCUCAAUGAAGGUAACUUUCAGUAGUUCCUACUUAAGUAUCAAAGCACUUGUGAUUGGGAAGUCAUUUGUGAGUAGAUAGAUGUGUGAGAUGAACACAUAUUGGAUGUAUAUGUUUACCAUGUUAGAAAAUAAAAUUAUUUUGCUGAAACUUGA